AUGCCAGAGGGGUCAGGGGAGUCGCCGGCGGGCACCAGCUCCCCCAGCAUGAGCAACUUGGAGCCUCACGAGCUGCCGCACUGGGAGGAGGUUCAGCUCAACCUCGUCUCUGCGCGGGACUACUUCGCUAAUCAGCUUUACUCGCAACUCGCUCAUGUCCCGGCGACCAUGAUGUGCAGGAGGUUCUUCUUGAGAGACUCCAACGACAUAGCGGCCCUGCAACAUGUGAACAGCACGGAGUACAGGACAAACCUGCGCAAGAGGUUCUCGAUCCAUUCUCUCAGUGGUAUCGAUCAAAAGCAGAAGCAAUACAGCAAGGGCCACUACUUCGAAUUAGACCUGUAUGUCAAAGUACGAGAUGGGCCGGUUCAUCUGGACAGCAUCUUCAAUCGUGUCGUGGACUUGAAUGACAGUGAGAGCAUCGUCUGCCUCAGCAAUGAAGAUGGUCAGGCUACGACAUCCGCCGCCGAAUGCCUCAGCGACAUACGUCUUGAGCGAGGGGAGUGUUUCCACUUCGAGAUAACUGAAAGCCCGAGCUGUAUACUUGAAAAGAUGUAUCAGCUGGAUCGAGCAUAUGCCCUUCGGAAUCGGAUUCACAAGACCAACGUCGUGAUCAAGGCAAUGGGAGUGUUUGUCAACGGGAACAAAGAAAUCUUCAAGAGAAACUCGGUAAAUAUAUUGGCAAGAUGGAGAGAACACAAAGAAGCGAUACUCAUCGGGAAAUCAGGAGUACCAAUCUUUCUCAUCUACACCCCAUGCAGAAAUCUCUUCAGCUCGAUGGACCAGGUGCAGGAAAGCAACAAUAGCAGGUUUGACAAGGUUGAGGCGAGCAUCUCACAGGUUCAGACGAGUCUUGUGCAUCUAGAGGACAGAUUUUGCGAGGUGCAGGAAAGCAACAAUAGCAGGUUUGACAAGGUUGAGGCGAGUAUCGACAAGGUAGUGGCGAGCAUCUCACAGGUUCAGAAGAGUCUUUGGAGCUUUAUGGCAAUUAGCAUGGCGGCUCUUUUUGUCUCGAGGAUCCCAGGGUUCAAGUUGCCUGGGCAGCCGCUGGGAAGCGGGUCGCCAGGGGUGGGAUGA